AAACAAAUUUUUCUUUUUGUAUUUAACUAUUCUAAAUCUUUUAAAGAAUUAUCCUAUUAUUUAAAAUUAUAACAAAAAUAUAUAAAUAUAUAUACAGAGAUAUAACAAACAGUCAAAGAGAACCAAGCUUAUAUUAUGAAAUUACUAGUGUACUUCCUACUACUAUUAGGUGUGGAUUAUAGUUAUGCCAUUUUGAAGCAACAGUCUUUUGAUCCCUGUACUAAGACUUGUAAAGAGUUCUACCAUUAUCCCUGUAGAAGUACUAGCAAUGUAUUUCGCAGCUUUAGACAAUGUCAAAAAUUGUGUGGUAGACCGGUUUCUGCAUCCAGUGAAGAUUAUAAAAAGUAUUUUUAUUCUCCUACCACCUUGUCAUGCGAAGUAUUUGAUUAUCAGCAUUGCAAAAAUAACAUUAAUCUCUUCACUAAUCCACUGGAUUGUGCUGAAAAGUGCCAAGGAAAUGUAAGCGUUUUAGGACCUUGUUACGCUUUAAUUCCAAGAUAUUAUUAUGAUGCCCAUGCCGGUAUUUGCAAAGAGUUUAAUUACGGAGGUUGCAAUGGUAACGCCAAUAAUUUCGAAAAUAAGGUUGACUGCGUACAACGAUGCGAACAGAGAUUCACGAUAGAACCAAAUCUAACCCCUAAAAAUUCACAAUAGAACACAAUCUAACCACAAAUUCCCAUUAAUUUAGCGAUUUUAUCAAUAUAUUUUUUAAUGUCAAAUUAAAUUUUCUUGAAACAUUUGUAUUAUAAAAAUAAACUAAAAUGCUUAAAUUUAAAAUUUAGGUAAAUCUUA